AUGCGAUUAUAUGAAAAUGUAAACGUUAGGAAAGCUAAGAAAAAUGAGAGUAUGGCUAAUUCUAACAAGAAAGAUACAUCACUAAAACGAUUUUCAAGUCAUGAAAAUAAAUCCAAGAAUUUAAAAUUAGACAAGAAUGAUGAUGAAAAUAAGCUGAAAUUAUGUGAAAAACGGAUUCCUAGUAAAAAAGCUAAUGAUAAAAAAAAACAACCGUAUUUAAUGAAAAGGGUUCAUACUAAGGCUUAUAGUAGCAUGGAAAGACCUAUCACCAUAAAAAGGAAUGAAGAACUGUAUAACAACUUGAACAAGAUAAAUUCCAAGUGGUAUAAUACAUAUAGAUCUCAAACUAUGUCAAGAUAUAUAGAACGUAAUAGUAACACGAAACGAACCGCAAUUUCAACAACCCCUGGGGUUAUUAAUAUAUCAAAUCCGAAAAAAAAGAAUACUUUAAAAAAAAGCAUAAAUCAGGAUAUAGUAGAAAAUGUAAAGAGAAGCAAUAAACAAUAUGCUCAAAUGACAAGUGAAUAUGCCCGUGAAAAGUAUCAACCAACAGGAGGAAAGGAGAGCAAGGGUAAGAAUAAGACGGAUGAUUAUGGGUCCCCUAUAAACAAAAAUAGAGAAAAAUGGGAAAGUAAUAGUAGCGACAAAAAUGUGCACAAAUGUAGUGAUAGAAGUGUGCACAAAAGUAGUGAUAGAAGUGUGCACAAAAGUAGUGAUAGAAGUGUGCACAAAAGUAGUGAUAGAAGUUUGCACAAAAAUAGUGAUAGAAGUGUGCACAAAAGUAGCGACAAAAAUGUGCAUAAAAAAGAAGAUGAAAAUAUGUACAAAGAUAACGACAAAAGUGUGCAUAAAAACAAUUAUUUCAAUCAAAAAGCUGUGCCCCAUUUGCCAACUACAAAUAUAAGUAACACGAAGGGGAUAACUUCCCAGAAUAUGCAUUCUCCAUUUUUGACAAACAUAGCUAAUGCAUAUGACAAAAUAAAUUACACAUUGCCUAUAAAAAAUAACAAUAUGAUUCAUAAUUUUUCAGAGUACAUCAAUGGAAUGGUGAGUCCUAUCCCCGAACUGAGUACUUCAAGAUAUUUAAAAGCAAAUGACAGAUCACCCCAAGUGGCUAGUCUUUCUGACCUCACAAAAGAAAACAUUUCAAAUCGUAGCUUGUCAAAUAUCAGUGAUUCAAAUGGUAGAAGUGUACCAAAUGAAGGAAGGAGUAGCCAUAUGGAAUUGUGCAUACGAAAUAAAUCUACCAAAAAGUUAACAAAUUCUUGUAUGCCCCAUUUGGAAAAUAAUCACAUUAUGACAAUUUUAAAAGAAAAUAAAAUAAAAAAUGAAGUUAAUAACUGUUCUCAACAACAGAAGAAAAAUAGAAUUAUUCAAAUGUGGGAUAUAAAUAGUCACAAAAUUAUUAGCACAGAUUUUUUGCUUAAAGACAAAGGCAGGCGUUCUCUUACAGAAAAAAAAAAAAAUAACCAACACAUUCAAAGGGAUAUGCUGGUAUAUCCGCAUAUUCAAAAUUCAGUGAACGAAAAAAGGAAUUCUAGUUUUAGUGCUUUUAAGGUUAAUACCGACGAUUUUAACAUGAAAAAAGUGUCAACUGAACGGGAACUCCUCACCAACGUGCUACACAAUAAUGUGACCAACAAAAUAGAAGUAACAAAUAAAAAAAUUCAAAAUAAUGAACAUGUAAAUUUAAACAUAAAUAAGGGAUACACACAUUCGCAUAUUUCCAAUAGCAUAAAUAAUGAUACUUGCAAUUAUGCCUCUCACUCGAAUUAUAAUGAAACACAUUUUUUCCGUGAAAAUAGGUCUUAUACAGAUAUCAUGUUAAGAGAAAAAAUAAAAAAUAAAACGAAAUACAAUUCAGAUGGUAGAAGUCUUUCUAAAGACAAUAGAAAAUUAAAAGAACCAAUGUCAGUCCAUGAUACAAGCGAUUUGAAAAAUGACGAUUAUUUAGUAGAGUCAAAAUUGAUGAGCAACGUCCCAGAUAAGGAGAAAAACAGAUCUUAUAAAGGAAAAGUUAUCAGUUCUACUAUAAAAUCACCAAAUUUAACUGCUUUGGAAAAUUAUAAGAAUUCCUUUGCCCACAACAACCUUGUGCAUGAUAUAUCAAAUCACAAAUUGCAAAAAAGAAAUAUACAUAUGCACCUUCGCUGUGCCACGAGAACAAAUGAUUAUUUUAAGAAAUUUUCUAAUGACGAAAAAAAGGAUGCCAUAUAUUAUCGUUCUGAAUCAGAAUGGCAUAAUGACAAAAAUUAUAUAAAUAUAAAUGACAGACAAAAGGGAAAUGAAGCCAAAAUAAACCAUUUUGCCAGAGGUGAUAAAAUUAAGAGUAAUGUCGUCAGAAAUUUUGAUCCGCACAAGGUUAAUUUUCUCAACCUGACUAAUCCGAGUUUGAUCAACCAGAAUUUGAUCAACCCGAAUUUGAUCAACUCGAAUUUGAUAAAUACUAAUCUGACCAAUCCCAACCUGAUCAAUCCUAGCCUGACCAAUCCCAACCUGAUCAAUCCUAGCCUGACCAAUCCCAACCUGAUCAAUCCUAACCCGACCAAUCCCAACCUGAUCAAUCCUAGCCUGACCAAUCCCAACCUGACCAAUCCUAAUCGGACUAUUCCUAAACUGACCAAUCCCAACCUGACCAAUCCCAACCUGACCAAUCCCAACCUGACCAAUCCUAAUCGGACUAUUCCUAAACUGACGAGGCCUUCCUUCACAUUUCCCACUCCCAUCCAACCGAAAAAAGUCGAAAACGUAAUUACCUUUCCUUACCCCCCCAAUACCUCAAAAAUGAUACUAAAAGGAAAUCAUCCUAGUUGCAUAAAUGAAACGGCAAAUUCAACACCAAAAGAAAACUCAAAAAUUAACAUCAUUGAUGAGAUUAAUCAGCACAACUUUACUGUAUUAAGUGAUCCCAUAAAUGUGCAUCAUAAUAAUUUCCAUAGCUUUAAAAAAAUAUACAUAGAUCACAAUAUGAACGAAAUAAAAAACACUAACUGUUAUAUUUUACGUGAAAAAAGGAACCCCAGUAUCGACUCUGGUGUGAUAGCAUACAAUGCACAAAGCACUUCUUCCACGGAAGGUAAAGCAGGAUUAGAGAAGUUUAUAAAAUGUGAUGAAAAUUCAUUAAGUGCAAAAAAAGAAAGUAUAUUAGACCAAAUAUCAGGUGAUAUGAAUGUUCAGCAAAUGAAAUGUCCAUUGUCCAAUUGGGUGAUUGCGAAUGCCAUCGGAAAAAACAAUGAAAUCUAUAAACAUUUAUACAUGGAAGAUUCUUUUACAAAUACCAACACAAUGGAUGAAUGUACAAUAGAUAAAAAAUCCAGAAGUAGCUCGUGUUAUAGUUACCAAUCUUCCAAUUGCAAAAACGUCCCAAUGAGGAAAGGUAAAUCUAUCGGGGGUAAUAAUAUCACCCCGAAUGAGACAAUGUAUCAACAAUCAAGCAAUACAAAAAGUGAUAUAAUAAAAAACACAUGCAAAGAAAGGAAAGGAAGUAAUAAUAACAUCUUCAUUUCUAAUAAUAAGAUGGAAUUGAAAAAUGACAUCAAACGAACAGACAUGGUAAUUCCUGAAAAUUGCACCAUUCAAAAUUUCGUAACAAUGGAGAAACGGAAUGAAAAUGAUAAUCUCGAAAAUAUGAAUACCAUUAAAUUUCCACUAAGGUUAAGUGAACUAAUAAACGAUACGUUUGGCACAAGCAUGUCCCAGAAGAAAUCUGUUAGUGCGAAUAAUAGUGGUGCAAUGUCAAAAAAUCAAGUACUCAUGAACAAUAAUAUGUUCAUUUCUUCCCCUGCAUCCAGAAGUUUUUUCAGUACCACAUUGGAUAGUAAGGUGGGUUUAUCCAAUUUUGGCAUAUCAAAAAAGGUUUCCACGAUUGGUAGUAACGUCGUAGACAUAAGGGAAAAGUGGAAUGUGUCAAACGGAUCCAUGCAAAACAUGUCAUCAAAAAGCAAGUCAAUGCAAAACAUGUCAUCAAAAGGCGGGUCAAUGCAAAGCAUGUCAUCAAAAGGCGGGUCAAUGCAAAGCAUGUCAUCAGAAAGCAAGUCAAUGCAAAACACAUCAGCUCAAACCAAGGCAGAGAUAAACAUCGCAUGGACGAGACAGGGUGCAUCAAAUGAUUCACAAUUCCAAAAGAAAGUCAGCAUGAUUCCAAACAAAAAAUUAACAAACACACAUGAUAUUUUAAGCAAGAGGGCAGACAGUUGUGUUAUUUCUUCGCGAAUAAACAGCUGUAAUAAUAAAAGCUCCAUCCAAAAGCAACACUUUGUGAAUAAUCGGAGCAAUGGAAUAGAAAAUUUACAGGAAGAUGUCAAGGAUGGGAGAGAUACAGGAACAACUUUGCAGGAUUUGAAUAAGGUAGAAGUAGAUGGAAAGAGAAAUGGCUUAGCAACAUGCAAAUCGAUUAGUAAUAGUGACAUAUAUAACUAUCUAAGAAAUGAACAUACAAAAACAUUGACAAAUUUUCAUCGUACAGUGUCUUACAGGAAUCAGAAUUUGAAAAAACAGAAAUCUUUUACCGCUAUUUCAUGUAAAAUGGGUAGAAAAAUUAGUGUAAAAGGAAAACAAAGAGAAGAACAGUUGGAUGUUACAUAUGAAGCAGACUCAAAACACACUAUAAAAAAGGCAGUUGUGAUUGGCUGUAAUUAUAUGAGAGAAUCAGAAGAAAACAGGUUAUACGGAUCAGUUAAUGAUGCAUAUAUUUUCAGCAGAGUACUAGUUAAAUAUUUUGACUUUAGACCUGAAAAUAUCCUUCUUCUAAGUGACAGUUUACCUUCGAAUGCGUACAUAUAUGAAGAUUUUGACAUAAAUAGAGAAAAAUAUAUAAAAGAGAAAUCUAACUAUAACUCACUUGAUGAAGAAAAUAUGAUAAAGAAGAAAAAUGUAUUUAACUUAUUCAACACAAGCAAUGUAGGUAGUAGUAAAGAAAAAAAAAGUACUGAAAUGAAUUACUGUAAUUCGUGUAAAAAUUUACCUAUUAAAAAUGUGGAUUUUUCCUCUGAAAAUAUUAAUUUUCAUUUAUGGCCAACAAGAAUAAAUAUUUUAAAAGCUGUCAAUUGGCUAGUUAGAGAUUCUGUUCCAUUAGGUUCAUAUGUUUUUUAUUUUGCUGGGAAAAGUGUCCAAGUAGAUAACAUGAGUGGAUGGGAAGGAGAAGGAUAUGAUGAAGCAUUUCUUUGUUCUGAUCCACAAAAUAGAAUACAAGAAAAUAAUGUAUUAACAGCUAUUCAGUUAAAAGAUUUAUUAUUAAGUAUAAAUCUAAAUGCUCAAAUGACAAUAAUUCUGGACUGUUCAGGUGGCCAAACCAUUUUGGAUCCAGCUGGUACAGAAAAUUCCUUGUCAUAUAUAAAAGGAUGUAAACAGAAAGGUAUAUGGCCAAUUACAAACCCUACUAAUAAAGUACAUAAAGCUGUUUACGACGCAAGCAUACUGAAUAAUAGUAGUAUGAAAAAAUAUUUUUGUAAAUCCAGAUAUCAUAAAUUGAUAGAAGUUGAAUCCACAUCUGCUAUGAUUGAUCCUUUGCUUCAAUCAGCUUCGUCAUUACCAAUUGCACCAAAGGCAUAUUGUCUAUGUGCAGCCACAUGGGAACAAAUUUCCAUAGAAGGUUUAUUCCCCAUCAUGGAAUUUGCUCGAGUUACACAGAUAAAAAAAGUUGACACAUUUGAAGAAAAAAAUGAGGAAAAAAAAAAUAAGAAGAAAUGUAACAAAAAUGGAAAUAUGAAGAAAAGACAAAUGAAGGAAAAUGAUGUACUUACCAAUCAAGACCUAAAUUGUGCCAAAAAAAAUGUUUAUGAAAAAAAUUUUAGUUUCUCGCUAAAUGUGGUAAAAAUGUUUUUUAAUAAUAACACCAGAGGGGAGCCGAUCAGCACAGGAAGCAGUAGCACAGACCAAAGCAAAAGUCAAAAUGAGAAAAAUACACAAAAUGCAAUGAUUUUUGAAGAGGAAAAAAAGGAACAUUGCGAUGGAAAAUAUGAUAAUGAGCACGGGGAGAGGAAAGUUCAUACAUAUGAAGAAACGAACAGUCCUAAUGAAUAUUUAGAUGAUACGAUAUACAGCGAAGAAGAGAACGAGACAGGAGAAGAGACUGAAUAUGUGCUCGUUAGCCAUGGAGUGUUUACAUAUUGUCUAAUUGAGUCCAUCGUGGAAUUUAAAGAAAAAGAAUUAGAAAAUAAUAUCUUGGAAAAAAAGGAUCAAACAUUUUCACCAAUGACUUUAAAAAAUUUAAUAACUCGUAUUCAAAAGAAAAUUGAAAAUGUGAAAAAUAUGAAAUUAAAAAAGUUAAAUCAAAAACCAGAAUAUACCAUUCAUCCAGGAGCUAAUACUAAUAAUAACAAUUAUUUUGUUCAUUAUUCAAAGAAUAUACAAUUUCAGAAUUAUAAAUUUAAUUUCAUAAAUUCGGAUUUUUCCCCAUUUUUAAAUGUUAAUAAAGCAUGGGAAGAAAUUAACAAAAAUACUCUCAGAAAUAGAAAAGCCCUAUCCGUAACGUCCACUCUGAUUAAUACAGCAUCGUCUAAAAAUUUUUCCGAGCAAAAUAGUCAAAUAAAAAGUUGCUAUUCACUACGAUAUUAG